UUAGGAGGUAAGGUGUUUCUCGGCUUCCAUCCCGCCUGAAUAUUCGUUAACCCUCCGAAUUGACUAAAACCCUAAUUCCAACCUGAAGAAGCCGAUUACGAACUCAUGCAUUUUCCCAAAAUGCGUUCCUCCUCUCGAUUCCUAAUCAAUCUUUCCGAGACAAACACAUCUAAUCUCAAUUUGUUCUUCCCCUUCUCUUCUUCCGAUCGCAGUCCCCGAAAUUGUGUUUCGACUCUGUUACAGUCCCGGUCUAUCUUCUCCACGACGCAGCUUCACGAUUCAUGGAUGGACAAGAUCAAGGGAGCCUUCACUGGAAAGAAGAGCUCUUCCGAAGGAACCGAAAUCAGCUCUGAGUCCUUUACUCUCCUCCGGUUUGCUGAUGAAUUGAAAAAUGCCCGAAGAGUGGGGGCAUUCAAGCAAUAUAUAGUAGGAAGAAGUAGUGAAGCUACCUUUGCGGAUGCUUUUGAGAAGCAGGAGGCAAUUAUUCGCUAUUUGGGAGGAUUUGAUCCCACUGGGGAGAACAUCCAAACCAGCCAAAAGCAAGAAGCAGCAAAAAAGUGUAAUUGCACGAUCGCUGAUGUUGAGAAUACACUGGCAAAGUUUAUCUGGGCUAAAGAAGCACAAAAAAAGAUUGAGAAGUUGAAGGAAGAAGGAAAACCUAUGCCUAAGAGCAUAGCUGAGGUCCAGAAACUGGUGGGUUCAAAUCCUUUGGAUCUUGCUAGGUCUAAUUUGGCUAAGAGUGGCCAGAUCAGCCGUAAUGCUCUCUGUCCUUGCGGUUCCAAGAAGCGAUAUAAACGGUGCUGCGGGAAGGAUCAAACGGCAUAGGAAGAGAACAUGUUUGUCUGUUCCCUGUUUCUUGACUGAAUAAGUGGCAGUUCAUAAGGAUUAUGUUAGAUUGAUCUUUCUAUUUUAUGUUACCUAGUUGGUUAAGCCAUUUAUGGAGGGAAUGAGACGUUGGCAUGGUUUUUAAAUGCGUCAAAUCCUCAUGAUCCUUCACGGGAUCUUCAAUAUGUAGUCUCGUGACAAUAGUUGAGGUGCGUCGAUCUUCUAAAUAUAGUAAGGACAGGCUAUUGUCUGGUGACAAUAGUCGAGGUGCGCCAAUCUUGCAAAUAUAGUAAGGCCAUGCUAUUGUCUCGUGACAAUAGUCGGUGCGCUGAAGCUGGCCCUAAUAAUGUGGUAUGUAUUCCUUGAUCCUCAGUAGAUCUUCAAAUUUCACCUGAA